UCGAAAGUGUCUUCUACCACGGUUAUUUCGAAACCGUGGUAGAAAGUGUAUAUUUCACCACGGUUAUAAAAGCACUGUGGUAGAAUGUGAAAUUAUUUCACCACGGUUUACCAUUAACCGUGCUAGAAAGUGAGGUUUACUUUUGGCGGGCUAAAAUCGCGCCCUUCUUAAAGAAAAAAUAAAAAAUAAAAAAAAUUUAUAAACAGAAAUAUAUAUAGCCUCGCACGUACAUAGACCACACGAUUAAAAUUACGUUUAGGGCAAUUCAUUUCAGCCUCCUAAUUAAUCGCCUCAUCUCUGCUAUUUUCGUUCUCCUCAUUUCAGCCUCCUAAAUCACCUCCAUCUCUCCUCUCGUUCUCUGCUCUGAAGUUGCCCUCUCUCUGUCUUUGCAACUGUAAACUACAAAAUCUACAAGAAUUAGAACCCAUAUCGACAUGUCAUAUAUUAUUGUUCAAAAUCAAAACCCACCUUCAGUUUCCAAAUCCCGUUGUUCCAGUUCGAUUGGGUUCGCCGUUCGCAAGUUUUAGCGUCUCUCCCGCUGUCUCUCAACUCUCAAGCCAUCUCUUUGCAGCUGCGAACUUGUAUGAUCUCCCUUUGCAGGAUUUGAAAGACUAAUUGGUAAAUUUAGGUUGAAUGUGAGUCUUGAACAAUCUGAAGGCCUUUAUACUGGAUAAUCAAUGGAUAAAGGCUGGAUGCACCUUAAUGACAGAGCUUCAGAUGAGUAUAAAGCUGGAGCACAACAUUUUGUUAAUUGGGCUAAACUUAAUGCGGGGAAUCGAGAAAGCAUUUUAUGCCCAUGUAUCCGUUGUAAAAAUUCAAUAUAUUAACGCUUCGAUAAGGUGUCUGAGCACAUUGUGAUAAAAGGAAUGAAUUAUGAGUACACUGUAUGGGUCUUACAUGGAGAGAAUCGGAGUGCAACUUUAGAAAACGAUGGUGAUGAUGGUGUGGAAAUACCAGAGACGUAUGAGAUGUUUAGAGAUGCAUAUAAUUUUUAUGGUAAAGACAAUGCUCAUACAGAGCCUACUAGUGGAAAUAGAGAGGAUGAGUUCAAACAGGCGUUGGAAUACGCUGAAACUCCAUUAUAUCCUGGUUACUCGACUUUUACAAUUAUGUCAGUAAUAGUUACUUUAUAUAAUCAUAAAGCUGCUCAUAACCUAUCCGACAUUGGAUAUGAUGAGCUUCUUGACAUUAUUCGUGUCAUGAUUCCAUCGGAUAACAGUCUUCCUAAGGGAAUUUAUGAAACAAAGAAGCUAUUGAAGAAAUUUGAUUUAGGGUAUGAAAAAAUACAUGCGUGCGCCAAUGAUUGCUGCUUGUUUAGAAAAGAAAACAAGGAUCUGAAUGCAUGCCCUAAAUGUGGUAUUUCACGGUGGAAAACAAAUGCGCAGUCUAAUGUGGUUAGAGAAGGGGUUCCGGCUAAAGUGUUAUGGUACUUUCUAAUAGUACCAAGAUUUAGGCGGUUAUUACGAUCAAAAGAAAAGGCGGAGCAAAUAUUGUGGCAUUCGACUCACAAAAGUGAAGAUAAAAAGAUGCGACAUCCAUUUGAUUCACUUGUAUGGGAUAUGAUAAAUAAAAAGUGGCCUUAUUUUGCAUCAGAUCCUCGAAAUUUGAGACUUGGGCUGGCAGCCGAUAGGUUUAAUCCAUUCGGUGACCUUAGCAGUAAACAUAGUUGUUGGCCAGUGAAUUUAGUUGUAUACAAUUUUGACCCUUUACAAUGCAUGUCUAAAGAGAAUAUGAUGUUGACAUUGUUGAUCUAAGGACCAAAGCAACCAGGGAAUGACAUUGAUGUGUUUUUGGAGCCACUCAUUAAAGAUUUAAAGGAGUUGUGGGAAAAAGGUGUUGAGAUCUAUGACUCAUUAACUAAAUCCAUGUUUAAUUUGAAAGUGGUUUUGAUGUGGACAAUUAAUGAUUUACUAGCUUAUUCAAAUCUUGCUGGCCAGGCAACAAAGGGUAAGUGUGGUUGUCCAGUGUGUGCUAAUGACACAUCUUCUCAACAGUUGCCAUGUAGUCAGAAGACUGUGUAUAGGUACAAGGAUUAUAGGCGAUUUCUUCCAUACAAUCAUCCAUUUAGAAAGAAGAGAGCAUAGUUUGAUGGAAAAGAAGAAUUCAGGCUGCCACCUAAAAUAUUAUCUAGUUCAGAAAUUUUUGACCGUGUAAAGAAUUUUAAAAAUAAUUGGGGAAAGAGUCCUAAAUCCCAAGAAAAAUCUUCCAAUAAGCGGAAGAGGUCCCAAAGAAAACCUCCCCAAGAGAAGGAGAAAUCCCAAGAAGGAAAAGACCCAUUUUGGCCGUGGAAGAAAAAAUCUAUAUUUUUUGAGUUGCCAUACUGGGAUGUACGAAAUUUGAAUUCAUUCUUACCAGUAAUUUCUUUGGCCAUUAAUAUUUCUUUUAGGACUUCACACUUCUUGCUAAUAAUUAUUUUUUGCUGUUAAUAUUAGGUAUUACCUAUCCGUCACAAUUUGAAUGUAAUGCACAUUGAAAAAAAUGUUUGUGAGAGUAUUCUCGGCACUUUAUUAAAUAUAAAAGGAAAAUCAAAGGAUGGACUUAAGGCUCGUAUGGAUUUGGUAAAAAUGGGCAUCAGGAGCGAUUUGCACCCAAAGGAGAAAGGGAAUAAAUAUCACUUGCCACCAGCAAUCCAUACAUUAACGAAGGAAGAGAAGGUCAAAUUUUGUAAAAGGUUAAAACAGUUGAAAUUACCUGAUGGUUAUAGUUCAAAUAUUGGGCAACGAGUAGCAUUGGAUGAAUGUAAAAUUACUGGCCUAAAAUCUCAUGAUUGUCAUGCUCUUAUGCAACAAUUACUGCCAAUAGCUUUGCGUAGAUCAUUACCAAAAGGUCCAAAGAAUGCCAUAUUUCGCUUAUGCUUCUUUUUUAAUGCAAUAUGCCAAAGGGUGAUUGAUAGGAAACAAUUAGAAAAACUUGAAAAUGAAAUUGUGGAAACUUUAUGCUUGUUUGAAAGGUUUUUUCCACCAUCUUUCUUCGACAUGAUGGUACACGUUACCGUUCAUCUUGCACGAGAAACUAUUUUUUGUGGACUAGUACAAUUUCAUUGGAUGUAUCUAUUUGAGAGGUAAUGUUAUUUAUAAAUUUUUUUAAAUAUGUGCUUGGAAUUAUUAUUUAAUGUAUAUAUAUAUAUAUAUAUAAGUUUCUCUCGUUGUAUUCAGGAAUAUGAAAUUUUAUAAAUGA